UAUUUUUCAUUGACAAUUAUUAAUUGCACGGAAGGAUUAAACAAACUGGUGGAGGAUUUAUUUUAACUGUAAAUGCAGCUCCAUUCGCGGUAGUAUUUUGAAGUCUUACAAUAUUUACAGAACGUGCUUCCCACCUCAAAACCUGUCUGAUAUAAAUAACGAUCGCGACGACAGUCUUCAUUGCAAAAUACGAUUACACGAAGCAUCGCAUCGUACGCAAAUAGAUCAGCCGGUUGUACCUUCAUUCAUCGAUUUCUUCGUCAAACUAAAAGACUCUAUUCGUAAGUAAGAAGAGAAUCUUACAACAUCAUGUAUCUCUUGCCAUUGUUAUUCUCGAGUCUCCAUUUGGGAUUGGAUGUUCCCACCAAUCCGGUGAACCUCUCCGCUCUAACUCUCGGUAGAAUGCACCUUGCUCGAUCGCGAGUAAUAUCUCGCUUCCAUAAUCAUUAUUUUCCGAUCGAUUUUCACGGUCGCAAGAUUCUGGAUUUUUACCCUUAUAUCUCAUGGAGGAACCUAAAUCGUAAUCAACAUGUCGUCAGUACUAUGAAUAUCGACAGCGACGGCUUCAAAAUCACCGUAAACGUGCAGCAGUAUAAUCCGGAAGAGAUCACCGUCAAAGUGGUGGACAAUUGGGUGAUCAUCAAGGGCAUACACGAAAAGCAGGACAAGUCCAACGUUAGGUCCCAACAGUUCGUGAUACGAUAUCUAUUACCUUAUAGUAGUAGCGACAUCGAUCAUAUAACAUCUUCGACAUCGAGCGAUGGCAUCUUGACGAUCACGGUACCAUUCAGGACAGAUCCAAAGGUGAUCCAGAUCGAACAGAGCAGAAAAUCGGCCUUUUCUUCUAAUACGGGACAGAUUGGCGCGGGACAAAUUGGCACGGAACAGAUUGAUGCUGGACAAACUCAUGGAUUUGCUGGUACAGGAUAAGCUGGCGUGGAACAGGCCGACGCGAGUUUUGCUGGCGUGGGACAGGUUGGCAUUGGACAGGCUGGCGUUGGGAAAGCUGACGGGGAAAAGCUUGGCAAAAAAUGAAAUUAUUCAGGAAUAAAUAAUAAUGACUUAGGC